UACUGGAUUCAUCUUUCACAUGUUUUGCCAUGUUUUUGGCAGACAUCAUUGCGCGCGUGUGACUUAUGUUUUGCGUUCUAUGUACAAGUUUGUUUGAAAUGCUAGUUUUUGUUUUGUGUAGAAUGUUAAACUGUAAUUGAGAACCAACAUGAAUCGUGCCCGACGUAGUGUAUUGGCCAACAAAAAACGAACCACAGUAAAAGUUAGUGAUGACGAUUUUGAAAGUGGCACCGAUGAAGAUGGCGAUUUCUCCGCCAGCGAGGAAGAAUGGCUGCCGGGAAAGGAUAAAAAAUCAAAAAGAUCCAGUGGCUCCGUUCAAGCUCAAGAGCCUGUUACGGAGUCUGAGGAUACCGAUGAAUUGGACGAAGAUGAUGAUCUUACAGAAAAUUCCGAGAGUGAUGCAAGUUCUGUAGUGUUCAAACAAACGGGUGGUACAAAAAGAUCUUCAAAAGGUUCUCCUAAACAGCAUCUAAAAAAGAAGCGUCUUUCGCCUGGCACAAGAGAUGAGCUUUACAAGCGAACCAAGAAGCAUCUAUUGAAAAAUCCGGAUCCGGAACGACCCUCUUUGAACAGUUCUUUGUCCGAUAUUUUAAAGAACUGCAAAUUCAAGAAAAAGAAAGACAUCGCCCAAAUUCCAAGGUUAGAAUCAACUGCCAAAAAAGCGAAGAUAAGAGCGCAUAAAAGUGAUGAAUCUGACAGCAGUGGCGAUGAUCAUUUGGUUAGCCCUGAAAAGUUGGACCUUAAUUCCGGUUUUUUUGACCGUGUGCAAAUUGAAGAAAUGAAAACGGCUCCAAUUACGUUCGAUUGCAAUGCUGGCGUACGACUUUCAGAUAGCUCUGGUGAAGACGAACAGUUAGAGGAGAAUUUACCAGCAUCAAUUCCUAAAUCUGCUGCGAAUAAUUUAAUCAGCAAAAUAAAUGAAUCAUCGAGCGGCCUUUUAAAUUUUAAUAACCUUGGGGAGUUCACCACAAAGAUGGAAGAAGCCAAGCAAUUACUACGAAACUAUCAACCACGUACAAAAAGCAGUCAGGAGAAUAGUGAAGGAGGUGAAGAUGUUUCAAAUUUAUUGGCUCUGGGUGAGGCAGAGGCUGACGUCUCAUCCGGAAAACAAAUCAAGAUCAGCCAACAAGAUGAUGAUAGUAUAAACGAAGAAUCCGAUUGGGAAGAGGUUGAGGAAGCCAAAAAAAGUCAGAAAACUCAAAAACCACCGGAUGACUAUCAAAUUACGGUCGAAGUUGAAACGAGUAAAUCUAAAAAGGAACGCUGGGAGGAAAUUGAAAUGGAAUUGUACAUCAAGCGGCAAAUUAACAAGGUUAAGCGGGACAACCAGAUGGCUUAUCAUAAGAGUAGCGUUCUAUGCACAAUUGCCCUUGGACUAAGGUUGAAUGAGAUCCUAAACUCGGACAAGAUGAAAGCCAUGGCGCUGUCUUUGAUGCAGUCAAAGAAAUGUCUGCCAAAGGGUAAAGUGGAUGGAAAAUUUGUACAGCAAAUGAUGGAGUGGUUUAAAGAUACGUUAACUUUGAAAAGCCAAGCAAUGCUUGUAACUAAUAGUUUAAAUCUCAGAUGCAGCCUAGCCUUAGGUUUCUUCACCAAACAAGUUGCAUGCAAACGAGAUUUUUUGCUAUUAUUUUUGGGAUGCAUGAGAGUAGUUGGGGUGCAAUGCCGCUUAGUUAUUUCCGCUAACACUCCUCCGAAGCGUCCUGCGAUGAAAGACUUGUGUCCAAUAUCUGAACGGCAGCUCAUUGAAAAAUUCGAGAAGGAAUACUGUAAAAAAAGUCACUUGCAGAAUGGUCAUGCGCACGAUAGUUCUGUUCAAAGUCUGGAUAAGAUGGAUGAUAGUGAAUGUCGUGUGGACGAAACUGGUGAAAAGAACACGCCCCAGUCAAACUCUGGGAAAACUCCCAAGGCAGCAAAUAUCCAAAACGAUUCAAACUCUCAAAUCAAAGAAGUUAACUCAAAGAAAGCGGUAUCAAAAAAAGAUAUAUUGAAGCAAGAGAAUACUAUUACAGUUGAACAUGUACAUAGUUCGCACGAAUGUAAAAUGGAUGAAACAGGGGACGAUGCUUCCAAGUCUUCAGCUAUAAACAAGAAAAUACCUCGUAAGUCUGUGCCAAAAAUUGAAGUUGAUUAUCAAACAGACAACCCUUCUCGUUGUACACGAUCAAGAAGCAAAAUGUCUCCAAUGUCUGACGGUGCAUCCUCAGAUACAUCGAAACAGAUUCAUUUUUCGCUCAUUCCCGUUGAAAGCAAACGAAAGUCUAAACCCCCCACGCCAAGUCCAUCGUCGAAGGAGAACGUGGAACCUACAAAAAGUAUCCUCAGACGAUCGUCGCCUAGAACGUCUGGUAAAAUAAAUCAAGGCAGUUCUCAAACUAAAACAACCCACGGCACUUUAUGCAUUCCUCAGUUGGACGGUAUCAGCGACAUAGUUUCAACUCCCAAGAGUGUUCCUUUCUCGCGCAGGCUACGCAGCCGUGCCAAGACAAACACAAUUAAGGCUGAGCAAGAUGAUGGUACACAUUUCACCAGACGAGCCAGAAAUACUCCUACCGCUAAAGAACAAAACAAUAAUCAACCUGGGAAAAUAUUGAAACGAAAGCUCCGUUCCGAACAACCACUAAUGUCGAAAAACAAAAUUCUUUCGGCUUGUUCUUCGUCUGAAAGUGAAGCUGAAGCUGUCUUUUCUGAAUCGCAACCAUCUCCAGCAUUAAACAAAAAACGUACUACCCUCGCGAAAAAACGAAUAAAACCACUACCUGCAGAUUCGGACUACAGCGAUUUUGAGCCACCGGGAGAGAAGAAAACAAAAAAGGCCAAGACAAAAUCUGAACUGUCGGCACAGAAGAAAAAAUCAGCGGGAGGAACUAGCAAGAAGAAAAAAUCCGCCUCUAAAGUCGAGGAAAAGGAACCGAUCGGAACUGAUGUUUCUGGAUCUGGAAAGACAGACAUGUGGUUUGAGUUUUUCUCGGAAAAGGACAGCAGAUGGAUCGCUGGGGAUUUGUUCACAGGAAAAAUAGAUUGCGUUGAUUAUAUAGCGCGUCACGCCACCGCUCCAAUAAGUUACGUGUUUGGCUUCGACAACCAGAACCACGUCAAAGACAUCACUCCCCGCUAUGUGCAACACUGGAACACUGUAAGUCGGAAACUACGAGUUGAGCCCAAGUGGUUGGACAAGGCUCUCAAACCAUUCAAAGCGGAAAAAACCGACCGAGAAUCGAUCGAGGAUGCAGAGUUGAACAAGAUACACAUCGAUAAACCAUUGCCAACCACUAUCGCCGAAUGCAAGAAUCACCCACUGUACGUGUUGAAACGGCACUUGCUAAAGUAUGAAGCUUUGUAUCCUGCAGAUUUGCCCAGUUUAGGAUUUGUCCGCGGCGAGGCAAUUUACGCUCGUGAGUGCUUAUUCAUUUUGCAAACCCGCGAGAAAUGGUUCAAACAGGGACGCGUGGUGAAGGCCUUCGAAACGGCGUACAAGGUAGUGAAGUGCUGGAAGUACGAUAAGCCAAACAACGUAUGGUUGAAGAACCAACCGUGUGACAUUUUUGGAAUCUGGCAAACAGAAGAAUACGAUCCACCAGCGGCGGAAAAUGGUAGAGUUCCGCGCAACGAGUACGGUAACGUUGAGUUGUUUGUUCCAAGAAUGUUGCCCAAAAAGACGGUGCAUUUACAGCUUCCAGGUCUUAACCGGGUCUGCCGACGACUUGGUAUUGAUUGUGCACCAGCUUUAACCGGAUUCGAAAAAGUUCGCAUGCGAAUGGUUCCCGUCUACGAUGGAUUUGUGGUAUGUGAAGAAUUCGCCAAUGAGGUAACUGAAGAAUGGUACAAAGAAAUGGAGUUGGAGGAGCAGAAGGAACAGGAGAAAUACGAAAAACGGGUUUACGGAAACUGGAAACGUCUCAUUAGAGGGGUGCUGGUUCGCCGAAAGUUGCAAAACAAGUACAAUUUCGAUAAUCUGUAAAAUGUGGUAGGGUUCUGUUAUUGUUUACAAGAUAUGUGUUUAUUGAAAAUAUGUGUUUAUUCAAGCUAAUCUGAUAUUUUAUACGUUCCAAACGGCCUUUUACAAAUAAAUAUAUG